AUGAAGAGCCCACACCUGUCACUGCGGAUGGCACAGUGGCUCUCUUUCUUCUCCGAGAUCAACUUCGUGGUGCACUACAAGCCAGGCAAGACUUACAUUCUUGCUGACGCACUGUGGCAACGUCCAGAUUACGAUCCUCGUAUGGCACUGAGUCGUCAGGCAAUUGACGACGACGAUGAAGACGAUCGAUGUGUGACUUGUGUGUCGUUAAAUCUAACUCAGGUCACACCCGAGUUACGCCUUUUCGAUGAAAUUGUCGCGGCUUACGCAAACGAUCCAGUUUACGCGGACAUAAUGAUCUAUCUGCGCGCUCCCAGUGAUGCUGCACUGGAGCUCUUUCGCGAACGAAGCGUGAACACAUUCGACGAUACAGCAUGA